UGUAUCUCUCUCUCUCAGGUGGAGAGAGAGUGCAUCAAACAGAAAAAAGAACUGUAAAUAGACCCACAAAGAAAACAAAAAGCUUGAACCUUUUUGACUCCAAAUCAAACAAAUCUCUGAUUUUGCGUUGACCACUUCGCUUUUUUCGGAAUUGAGUUCUAGCAGCCAAAUCAAAAUGUCUUUUAAGAACAGAGGAGGAGGUGUUGGAGAUUACUAUUUUACUCCAAGAAGUGUAGUUUCUAGAAACUCUCUGUUUUUCUUGUGCCUCGCAAGUUUCUGCCUUGGAAUGUUCUUCACUAACAGGAUGUGGAAUGUACCUGAAGCCAGUGGCAUUUCAAGACUCUCCAAACUAAGCUUAAGAUCCGCUGAUUGCGAUAAAGCUCAUGUUAUGGACUAUGGUAACGACACUAUCGGGAUAUUAGAUAAAUCCAUUUCAAGUCUAGAGAUGAAAUUAGUAGCUGCUAGAGCUGAACGUGAGUCUUUGUCUGGAAGAUUUGACAUUUCCAGAGAAGGCAAGAAAAGAAAAUACUUCAUGGUUAUUGGUAUUAACACUGCCUUUAGUAGUCGGAAGAGACGUGACUCGGUCCGGUCAACAUGGAUGCCACAAGGAGAGAAGCUUAAGAAACUUGAGGAAGAGAAAGGGAUCAUUGUUCGGUUUGUUAUAGGACACAGUAUGUUGUCUCGCGGGAUUCUUGAGAAAGCCAUUGACGCAGAGGAGCAAACACAUGGAGAUUUCUUGAGACUAGAACAUACGGAGGGAUACAUGGAGUUAUCCGCCAAGACAAAGACUUUUUUCGCUACCGCUGUUUCAUUGUGGGACGCUGAGUUCUACAUCAAAGUCGACGAUGAUGUUCAUGUCAACCUCGCUACUCUCAAGACGACUUUAUCCGAUUACCGAAACAAGCCUCGGGUUUAUGUUGGAUGCAUGAAGUCAGGCCCCGUCCUAGCCAGAAAAGGUGUGAAGUACCAUGAACCGGAACAUUGGAAGUUUGGAGAGGUCGGGAAUAAGUAUUUCCGCCAUGCCACGGGACAGAUUUACGCCGUUUCUAAGGAUCUAGCUACUUACAUAUUGAUAAACCAGAACUUGCUGCAUAAGUAUGCGAAUGAGGAUGUGUCUUUGGGAUCUUGGCUCAUUGGGCUGAACGUUGAACAUGUUGAUGACAAAAGACUCUGUUGCAAUACUUCUCCUCUUGAUUGUGAACUAAAAGCAGUGAUGGGUCAUGCUUGUGCGGCAUCGUUUGACUGGAAAUGCAGCGGAAUCUGUCGGUCGGACGAGAGAAUGGCCGAUGUUCACGAGCGUUGUGGCGAACCUGAAAAUGCGUUAUGGACCUCAACAAAUUCCUGAUAAACUAAAGAAAACAUGGUUUAUUACUAAAAUAAUAAGAGUACAACAUACUAUAAUUCGAGUAAAGCUAAUUUUAAGAAACAGAGAGUGAGAGAGAGAACAUAAUUCUUUUUUGUUUUUGGGUGUUAUAAGUUAAGUACUAGUAGGGUUUUUGGUCAGGAAAAUAAUAAAUGUAUGCAAAAAAUAGUUAGUGAAGUGGUUUAAUGAGAGGCAAAGAAAUAAUGUUUUGGUC